AUGCUCUUCCUCUUCCGGCACAUCGGGAAGAGCUUGAGGUCCGAACUUAUCACACAUCUUGGGACAGCCCAACCGGCUCCGUCUGCUGUGUGGGGGUACCUCGACUCUCGGUUUCUCGAAACUGAUACAUCGGAGAAGGCCAGCGAACGCUGGGAGAGUCUCAAACAGAAUACUGGCGAGAAGGUUGACGAAUAUUAUGCCCGCAUUAAGAGUGAAUGGUUGCUCUUCUCUCGUGUGUCCGGCGUCACCUUACCCUUGCCAUUUGUCUCUGCCAAGUUCGUUGGGGGACUGCUCCCUGAGAUAAAGGCACCUCUAGAAACCAGCUGUGGACAUCUGCUGUCUAAGCUGCCCUUAGAGAAGGCUCGGGACGCGGCCCUAUAUCAUGAAUCUAAACUCUCAUCUAAAUCGGAUGGAAACGCCCGCAAGGCCCUCUCGAACAAGCGGAUGCCUAUGCCCCCCGGUCAGGCCCCCCAGUCGCAUAAUCCUGGAGCCAAGGAGGUCAAAGAACCCCUUGUGGGAAGGGACAAUUCGGCUGGUGGAGGUAACUCGAAGGAUGGCAAAUCUGGAUGCUCCUACUGUGCUACUCGAAGGUACAGAGGGGCGAAUAAGCACGACGACGCGCGCUGCUGGAAGAACCCUGCGAACGCUCACUUGGUUCCGGACUGGUAUCGUCAGCGCCAAGCUGAAGCUGCAGCAGCCAAGGCAUCGAAAGGGCAAGGGGACGGGCAAGAGACCGUCCCAAAGGCCGUCCAAUCGACGUUCAUGGCACGCUCCGUUGACUCUGCUCAUGAAGGCCUACGCGUCAUCAAAGCUUCUGCUACCGGUUCAUCCGGCCGAAUUCUACCAGUAGAACUGCUGGUCGACUCUGGUUCGGAUCUGACAUUAAUAUCAUCCUCGUCGGCGAGCAUUAUGGGCUUCAAAGUGACACCAGCUAGGGGGCUCAAGAAGCUCGAAUCGGCUGGGUCGCUAGGCUCCAUCUGCCUACAUCUGCUGAGGUACCAGAGGCCCUCAGGGAAGUUCUCAAGAGCUCGGUGGGCGCGGCUCGAAUCUCCACUCUUCAAGCCCACGUUCGGGACUGCCUUCGAGCCUCUGCGUCUCGGCCAGGUCGUCCACUGA